GCGUCGGCACUUCCGCGAUGAACUCAUGUUCGCAGUGCCUGGUCACCGACAAAAUUCUAUAUUCUAAAUUUUUAUAGUUUACAGUUAGAGGCAUUUCCUAUACAAGCUUGGUGCACGUGUAGUGAAGUAUGGAGCCCGGAGAGCACAAUUACAGUAUUGUGUUUCAAUUUGAAAAAGAAUGGCACGAGCGAAAAUUUCUAAAUUACAUGUUGGAACGAUGGACCGACAGUUUUGUAUACUCAGCUGUCUAUGUUAUAUUAGUGUUUGGGGGUCAAUUUUUGAUGAAAAGACGUCCUAAGUAUGAGCUACGUCCUUUUCUGGCUCUAUGGAGUGGAAUAUUAGCACUUUUUAGCAUAGCUGGUGCCAUCAGAACAUGGCCAGAACUGGUGUCUGUAUUGACAAAUCACGGGAUUCAAUAUUCAGUGUGUGUACCCACUUAUUUUAAAGGUGUAACAAGCUUCUGGUCAUUUAUGUUCACAGUUUCCAAAGUCUACGAACUAGGGGAUACAAUAUUCAUUGUUUUGAGAAAGCAACCCCUUAUAUUUCUGCAUUGGUAUCACCAUAUAACUGUUUUAAUCUAUGUCUGGUAUAGUUACACUGAUCACACAGCUCCUGGUAGAUGGUUCAUGGUCAUGAACUAUACAGUGCAUGCUUUCAUGUACUCGUACUAUGCUCUUCGUGCUCUGCAAAUUCGAUUUCCAAAGUUUGUCAACAUGAUUAUUACAUCUUUACAGCUGACGCAAAUGAUUAUAGGAGUACUUAUCAACAUUUGGAUCUAUAGGAUAAAGGGAAGAGGUGAAUUUUGUCAACAAAGUUAUGAAAACUUAUUGUACUCUUCUGCAAUGUACUUUACAUACUUUGUUUUAUUCGCACACUUCUUUUAUACAACAUAUCUUUCAAAACCUUCACAUCGGCAAAAAGGAGAUUAAUGACACAGUGUAUUAGACUUAAAAUAAGGACACUUUUAUUACCUGGACAAAGCUUUUCAAAUAAGAAAAUAAACUUUGGUCACCGAAUUACUUUUGGUAUCAUGUGAUUGGAAAAUAAACAAAACAAACGAGCUUCUGUUUAUACUUUUAUUAGUUAAAAUUACGUGCACAAUCAGGGGGUGGGGAAUGUUAAAAAAUUUAAUGAAUAGCAAUAGGUGAGCACUGCAUGUAGAUCUAGAUCUAGGUGUUUUACAUUAUUUGAGUCAAAAGAGGAUAUCUCAUUUUGUUAAAGGGAGUAAAAGCUAAAUUUGUGUACAGUGUUAUAAAUAAUUUGCUUACAUGUUUUUUGUUUCAUUUAUUAUAGUUAACUUUCCAGGUUUCAAACAGUUGCCUUACUUUUUUUCAGUUGUAGUGAUUAGUAAAAUAAUUGUUUAAAAAAGU